AUGGCAACCUCCAUUCUCGACAUUCAGCGGAACAUCAUACUAGACACGAUCCGGGCUACCAGCGGGCGAGACUGGAAGGUCUUAAUAUUGGACGAGCAAAGCAAACGGGUUGUGUACAACGUUUGUAAAGAAGACGACAUCUUGAACGCCAACAUAACCAACAUCGAACUCCUCGAAGACCGCAGGCAGACCCUCUCCGACACCGAUGCGAUUUACCUCCUCUCCCCCUUACCGCAUAUAGUCGAAAGCCUCAAGGCUGAUCUAAGUCGAAAGAGAUACCGACGUGCUCACCUUAUCUGGACAUCCCAGCUACCGAGAAACCUUGGAGAAGACCUCUUCCGUUCAGAGUCUCGAGCAAAGUUGAUUGUCGAAUCUCGGACACUCAACAUCGAGUAUUUCCCCCGAGAGUGCAACCUAGUGUCGUUUCGAGAGCCUUGGAGUUUUCACGUCCUCUUCCACCCCGCUUGCGACUCGCUGGUUAAGAACCACUUGGACAGCAUAACCCAAAAAAUCGUGUCAAUAUGCGUGUCUUUGGGCGAGUACCCUCUGAUCCGAUUCUACAAGCCUAGAGAACAUCAGAGACAUGCUGCUGAUGUCCUGUGUUAUCAUCUUGCCAGCUUCGUACAGAGUGCCUUGGACGACUACGCUCGUGAUCAACGAAAUGACUUCCCUCCCCAAAAUCCGGCUAACCGGCCACGAGCAGUCCUACUAAUUACCGACCGAUCUAUGGAUCUGAUGUCGCCAUUCGUCCACGAAUUAACAUACCAGGCCAUGGCCAUGGAUCUUCUACCGAUACGAGAUGAUGAGGACAAAAUAACAUACAGAAAUGUCAUCAGGCGCGGCCAACCAGACCAGGAAGAGAAAGAUGUGGAAAUUACGGAGAAAGAUAGCCUCUGGGUCGACCACCGACAUAUGCACAUGAAAGAUCUCCUUGUGCAGCUGAGCGAACAAUUCAAGAAAUUUCAAGCUAAAAAUCCUCAGUUUGCCGACGCCGACGGACAACCUGCGAGCAUCAACACCAUCAAGGAUAUGUUGGCGGGACUUCCAGAGUUUCAGGAAGGCAAAGAAGCAUUUUCACUUCAUAUUGACAUGGCUGAGAAAUGCGCCAAAAUCUUUGCUGAUCACAAGCUCCUGGAUGUGGUCUCUGUCGAGCAAUCUCUUGCAACAGGACUUGAUGAGGAGAACAAAAAGCCGAAGAAUCUAGCAGAUCAGGUGGUCAGACUGCUUGAUGACGACAGCGUCGUUCAUGAAGAUCGUGUGCGACUCUUAAUUUUAUACAUCCUAUACAGGAAUGGUAUUCUGAGGGGAGAUAUCGAAAAGCUGCGAUGUCACGGCGAACUUUCGCCGAUGGAUGGAGAGAUCAUUUAUAACCUGAUAACUCUGGGCGCUAGGAUCGAAAAACAGCUGAAGGAUGCAACGCCUACUCCACCGCCAUUAUUUCAGCCGAAGAUCAAGGAUGUCAGCAACAUGGAAGAAGUCAGUUUGUCACGAUUUGAGCCAGCUCUAAGGUAUAUGCUCGAAGAGCAAUGCCAGGGUACAUUGGAUCUUAAUGUAUUCCCUCCGGUGAAGCCACAUCUCAACGACCCAAACAGCCAAAUGAACGUCUCACAGACUUCUCUGAGAAACACAGGGAAACCUACCUGGGCUCAAACACGCUCUCAAUCCAACAAGCCGCGUCAACGCAUCAUUGUAUUCGUGGCAGGUGGUGCAACCUACGCCGAAGCACGGGCCUGUUACGAUGUCUCUAGGAUGGCUGGCAAAGAAGUUUUCCUAGCGACAACCCAUAUGAUAACGCCCAAGAACUUUCUGCGGCAAGUGAGCCAACUCAGUGCCGGACGAAGGCAACUGGACCUGCCGAUGGAUAGAGCCGCACCCCGGCUACCAGCAUGGAUGUCGGAACCUCCUCCACAAGCUCAGCAGCAAUCGAGACCUCAACAACCGGCGAACGGAAGACCUCCUGACAAAGCCCGACCACCAACCGAAGCGAUGGCAAAUAUGAACCUUGGCGUACGCCCGGGAGUGGGCACAGCCUCUGCUUCGUCAAGACCCUCACAACCUUACCAACCCCCGUCCGGUGAUGGUGGCCACCACAAGUUGAAAAAGGACAAGGAGAAGAAACAUCUAGGGUUGUUCAAGAAGCAUUAG